CCGAAGCCCCGCCCGUUCUUUUAUUGCUUUGUAGUGCUGUUUGUCUUUCUACCCGCUUCUUCUAUUUCUGUGGAUUGUACUUGCUUGAACAGUAAUACAGAUCUGUUUCGACAUAAAUAAUAAGUCGUUAUUAUUUGUUAUUCCUCGGGUACCUGAGUUUAUUUCGUUUCGUUAUGAGAUUGUGGUUCGCAGCAGUACAGUCGUCAGAGCAGUAUCGGUGACGAGCAUCGAACAGGAACCCGUUCUAGACAUUAUUUCAUAUUGAAUGCUUGGAGGUGCAGUUCUGGUCUGGCCCAGACUGACGGGUUAGGUAAAGAUGGGUUUCAAGUGGACUGUGUUGUUCUGGCUGCUGUGUUUGAUAAUAUUGGUUAACGGCAGCAAGAGGAGACAAGCGAGCUGUCCCACAUUAUGUACCUGCAGUAAAGAUAACGCUUUAUGUGCCAAUUCCGUAUCAAUACCGAGGAGCUUCCCACCCGAUGUCAUCUCACUAUCAUUCGUGAAGUCCGGCUUUAAUGAAAUCCCUAAAGAGAGUUUUAUUCACACACCAGCCCUGCAUCUCCUUCUUUUCACAGCAAACAUGUUUGACUCUAUAAAUGAAGAUGCAUUUCUUGGUCUUCCUCACCUGGAGUAUCUGUUCAUUGAAAACAACCAAAUCAAGUCCAUAUCGCCUUUCGCCUUCAGAGGACUCAAAUCCUUAAUUCACUUAAGCCUGGCCUUCAAUAGUCUGGAGACAUUGCCGAAAGAUAUUUUCAAAGGAAUGGAAGCUUUGACUAAAGUAGAUUUGAGAGGCAAUCUUUUCAGCUGUGAUUGUAAACUGAAGUGGUUAGUGGAUUGGAUGUGUCAAACAAAUGCAACCGUGGAUCAGAUCUAUUGCAAUGGCCCUGAAUCUUACCAGGGCAAGAAAAUCAAUGACCUUGUGCCGCAGUCAUUUGAUUGCAUUACAACAGAUUUUUCGUUGCAGAAGUCACUUGAAUUUCAGUCCAUUUCCGUCGAGGCUUUUGUGUUUGGUGGUGACCAGUAUGUAGUAUUCGCCCAGCCUUUCAUCGGUAGGUGUAGUUUCAUGGAAUGGGAUCAUGUCCAAAUGGAAUUCCGAAACUUCGAUAACAUCACAAGCACUUCCACAGUCAUCUGCAAACCUCUCGUCAUUGAUAGUCAACUCUUCAUCAUAGUCGCACAACUUUUUGGCGGCUCACACAUCUACAAGAGAGAUAUCUCAGCAAACAAAUUCAUCAAAAUUCAAGACAUUGACAUUUUGAAAAUAAGAAAGCCGAAUGAUGUGCAAAUCUUCCACAUUGAUGGAGAGUCUUUCUUCAUCAUUGCAGAUAGCUCCAAAGCAGGCUCCACCACAAUUUACAAAUGGAACGGCAAUGGCUUCUACUCCCAUCAGUCCUUGCACCCCUGGCACAGGGACACAGAUGUGGAGUAUCUGGAGAUUUCUGGGAAACCUCAUCUGAUCUUGUCCAGCAGCUCUCAACGGCCCGUCAUUUAUCAAUGGAACAAGAGCACCAAGCAGUUUGAUCGGCGCACAGACAUUCCCGAGAUGGAGGAUGUGUAUGCUGUGAAACAUUUCACUGUGAACAGCAAGCUGUACAUUUGCCUAACCCGCUUCAUCGGAGACUCGAAAGUGAUGAAAUGGGAUGGUAACAUGUUCACUGAGAUCCAGACCAUGGCCUCGCGUGGCUCCAUGGUCUUCCAGCCAUUUUCUAUAGCCAACUGGCAGUACGCCAUCCUGGGCAGCGACUAUGCCUUCACUCGAGUCUAUCGCUGGGAUGCGAAGAAGAACCAAUUCAUUCACUUCCAGGAACUGAACAUUCAAGCGCCCAGGGCUUUUUCUCUGGUCUUUAUUGACAACAGGGAAUUCCUCCUUGGCUCUAGUUUUAAGGGGCUGACCCGUAUAUAUGAACAUCUUGUCCUUGAUUUGAGCAGCUGAUUGGUACAUUAAUACUAAAGUGGGUGGGUGCUGAUAAACAAGGGUCUCGUAGUGUCAGCUUGCAUGAUGGUGCUGUUGAUUUGAUACCGCCAUUUGAAUUCUCUGUGUUCUUUGCAAUUACCUACUCAUUUGGCUCAUCAUCCUCUUGUGCUCAUUCAUUUCUGUUGUAUUUCUACUUUGUGACUGCUGCUGUAAUUUUUUUUUUUUAAAUACUUGUUA